AUGUUGAGUGCGUCAGCACAUCCUGAUAAAGCUAUCGAAGAGGACUUUCUGAAAGAAGCGAAGCAGAAGCUGCGGGAGUUCUACUUAAAGCAGCUCUUGUUGCGGCCGAAACUCGAGAAUCGUACUCAGAAAGGCUGGCAGAACAUCUUGGAAUCAGCACGCCUGAGCUUGGAGCCCAAGUUGGAGAAGUUGCAGCGAGUGGAGGACUUUGCUUUGGCUGAGAGGUGUUUGAACAAGAAUCAGAGCAUCUUGGAAGAUUUUCAACAGAUCACGUACAUCAUGUUGGACGAGGGCGAACCCAGCAGCUCCGGUGUGUUCAAACAGAAUGUCAGGCGGUCUGAGGGCACGGUUGAUCUGGUGUCCGACGCCCAACAGUUCCUCAAGCUUCGAACCCUUUUGCUCCAAGUCCUGCCGGGCAAGCUUCACCAGCGUCUCCAGAUGAAAGAGACGUUGGAUAUGCUUGCUCGUCGAAACACCAGCGAGACGGGCAUGUGGCGAUCCCCGAUGGCAACGGCUGCGAAGUAUGGAGAAUGUCCGGACGCUGGCUCCAUCUUCGAAGUCAAGAUCGUUAGCGUCCUGAAGUUGGAAGAGCUUUGUCGCAAGUAUGAACAGUCUGCAGGGAAAGCGGUAGAUUCGGAGUUGAAAGCAGCGAUCUUGCUUCGAUCCUUGCCAGGGCCGUUGAGAACACAUGUGUCUGUGAACUGCAAGGAGGAUGCCAGCUAUGAAGACCUGAGGGAAGUGAUUUUGCGGUAUGAGCGUGCUACUCAGAAGUGGACUACUCAGCUGGUCGUUGGGACUUCAAGCCGGUCCGACCCCAACGACACCUCGGGCCCCAUGGAUGUGGAUCGUGUUUGGGAGAAAGGAAAAGGAAAGGAGAAAGGCAAGUACAAAGGCAAAGGCAAGGACCACAAAGGCGGGUACCAUGGAAAGGGAGGAAAAGAUCGUUUUCAGAACAACAACUACGACCAGAACCAUUCUUGGCGGAACAAUGGGAAAGGAGGCAAGGAGUAUUCCAAAGGAAAAGGCAAGUUCUGGGGCAAAGACAAGGGCAAAGGCAAGGGCAAAGAGUCCAAAGGAAAAGGCAAAGGAGAGCAGCGCAAGGACAAUGUGCCCUACAACAACUGCAAAAUUUGUGGCAAACCUGGACAUUGGAGCAAAGAGUGUUGGAUGAACAAGAACCGGGUGAAUCAGGUGGAUGAAGGCACCUCAAACGCAAGUUCCAGUACAAACUCCACCGUGACCAUGUCCUCAAGCCGCCCUCAAACUGCUUCCGUGAAGAGAAUUUUCAAUCUUGCCGAUGAGUGUGAGAGAUCCUGCACUGUGUAUGCCAUGGAGACUGUGUCUGAGGGUGAAGAGUAUGUUGAGGAUGAAGAGUCCUGGUGGUGUCGUCGUGUGGAGUGGUAUGCGCUAGAUGAAGAUGACGAAUGCCCCUGUGAAGAGCUUCCCCAGACCCUUGAAGUGUUCGAUCUCACUUGUGAAGAUGCCUUGCCAGGAGACGACGAGUGGUCCCAGAACUACGUCCGCGUGUUGGAACAUGGAGGCCUUGAAGAAGAAGGAGGCCAAAGCUACUCGUCGUUUGAGGUUGUGCUGGAUUCUGGGGCAGAUGUAUCGGUGAUGCCAGAGUCGUGGCUUCACAUGGGCAUCGGACAGGCCACGUCAGAGGGUCAAGUCCAAAUGUUGGAUGCACAGGGAGUUGAGAUGCCCAGCUUGGGUACCCGGCUUAUCACCUUGGACAUGGGCCCUGCAUGCAUUCAAGAACGGUUUCACGCUUCAACGGUUGGGAGUCCUCUGCUGAGUUUAGGGAGAUUGCUCAAACAAGGGUGGACCCUGGACCAUCGGAGCAACAUGCUUUGUCUUUGCAAUGAAGAAGUGGCAGUACCAGUCAACUUCAAGAAGAACUCCUUGACUCACCAGCACUCCAAGUCUCGGGGUCCACUGCGAACUCGACGAAAGUGCGCUUACCUUCGAGAAGAGGUCGCACAUGGCUAG